ACUCUUUACUUUUGCAUGUUUUUUACCGCGAGGGAUGAACCCGUCGCUCUUCGCUCUCGCCUCGAUGCCUCGUCUAUUUCCAAUAACGAAGACAAGACACACACGGGAGGGCAGAGAAAGCUGCCAUGUUCUAUAAACUCACCUCAAAUUGAUCUAGAUUUUUGUUUUGCGUGAUCGCUUGUAAAAAAAGGGGGGGAAUUCCGGCGGUGGCACCCAAGAUCGAUGUCCGACGAGUUCGUUGAGAUACGUCACUGAAUCUAGUCGGCCGGCAAUGGUCGGCCGGAUAUUGAUCCCUGCUCGUACGUCGCCGCCAGUUGAGGACCACUGGCGUCGUUUCACCCCACCGGCCCGCUCUGGCAAGGGCGGUUCCAGGCGACUCCAAUCGCGCUUCCACCGUUAGUUCGCGCGGGGGAUAAACCCGCCCUCCUCACUCUCGCGUCGAUUCCUCGUCUAUCUCCAAUGACGAAGACGAGACACACACCCGGGCACCCACACAAACGGGACGAUAGAGAAAGCCGCGCUGCGUGGGGGAUGGGGUUGGCGGAAGGCAGGGUGGAGGAGGAAGGGUGGAAGAGGGGGAUGAUUUUCGCUGUCGGCGAAGUCGGUGGGUCUCUCGUCAAAAAAGCGACGGAGCUCGCGCUGAUGACACGUACGAAACCGUCACGUACGGUGUGCAUUCGGCGGCGCCGAUAGCGAACGGACAAGUGGAUGAGCAAGUGGACGGGAAACCGACGUGGAAACAUUGAGAGCAGUCGUCGUUUUCGUGUUCAGAAUGCGACGCGACCGUGGCAGCAUCCCGCACCCCGAGAUCGUCCGGGAAGAUCGUCGCGUUGAACUCGCACGCCGCAGCCCCGGCAGUUCGUCAUGAGACUCGGAUGACGUACGGCGUUGCCCGUAUCGAAGAACCGGUGAGGGCUGAACGACGACAUCGUUCCUACAGCCGCUCCCCGGAGAAACAAGUGUCCAAGAUCUAAUCAAAACAAAAAAAAAAACAAAAAAAAAUUGGGUGUGAAAGACUAAUUUAUCUUGGGACUGAACUGAUUUACUGAAGUGUUGACUAGAGAAGUUGUUGUAUUUCUAUAUAUGUUUAUCGCAAAGCAACGUCACACGCGAUACUCUGAUUUCGACGAUAAAUGAUAUUAGACAAACUGAACGAUUUGAAAAAUCUAUUAGCGUGACAAGCGAAGAGUGAAGUGCAACCUAUUGUCGACCUAUUGUCGAAAAACUCGAAUUCAAAGACGUUCUAUCGAGACUUGAGACUCAACAGGAGAACGUUCCAAACAAGCAGACGUGGAAAACAAAAAUAGGCGAAAGAAAAGAAGUCUACUUGCGAAAGAAAACUUUUCUUUCAGAGAUCUAAUCCAUCUCUUCGGUUUAAAGACUUUUUAUUCGGAUUAUCGUCGGUGUGUGGCCUUCAAGUGUUUAGGAUUCCAGCGAAAGCUUGCAGCAGAAACUUUAAAAAAUUCCUUGCAGCUCAAAAACUUUUUAUCUUCAAGGUUCCAGUGAAACGACACCAUGUUGGAAUUUUAUCCUCCAGCGCCUGGUUCUUUCAAUCGUCAAAGCGAACCGGGCCAACCCUUGCCGACGGUUCCACCUAUUCCGUUUCGGCCCACCACCGAUAAUAAUAAUGCAGAGCCGUCCGUUUCCGUCAAGACGGAGGCCGGCCUCCUCGAGACGAUCUGCGCCGGCUGCGGCCGCACCAUCGCCGACAAGUACGUGAUGCGAGUCGCCGAGAGGAAUUAUCACGAGGAGUGCCUCUCGUGCACGGCAUGCGGCGCGAUGUUGUCGCACUCGUGCUUCAUACGCGACCUCAAGCUCUACUGCCGUACCGACUACGAGAGGAUCUUCGGGGUGAAGUGCGCGCGAUGCAUGGAGAAGAUCAGCUGCUCGGAUCUGGUGAUGCGGCCGGUGUCCGGCUUGAUCUUCCACGUGGAGUGCUUCGCGUGUUGCAUGUGCGGCCAGUCGUUGCCGCGAGGCGCCCACUACAUCCUUAGGCAGGGCCAACCGAUCUGCAGACGAGACUUCGAGCACGAGCUGUUUCUAAAUAGUCCGCAAGAUGAUGACUUAUUGGACGAGAAUCGACCACGGGACGGCCGUCGGGGUCCGAAACGGCCGCGGACGAUUCUUACGUCUGCACAGCGACGUCAAUUCAAGGCGUCCUUCGAAGUGUCUCCGAAGCCUUGCAGGAAGGUGCGCGAAGCACUCGCUAAGGAUACCGGCCUCAGCGUGCGCGUGGUUCAAGUGUGGUUCCAGAAUCAGCGCGCGAAGAUGAAGAAGCUUCAGCGGAAGGCCAAAACGGAACCCGGAUCCGAUAAAGAGCCGAAGGAAGAGCGAAGGACAGAAAGUCCGCACAGCGAUCACAGUCAUUACUUGAACGCCCUGAACAUGCGCGAUGGGGAAUCUUCUAGCUUCCCCUCGGCCACCCAACCGCUCAACCCCAAUAACCCGUACUCGCCCGACGACGCGUAUCCGGGCCACUCGGGGGAGAGCUUCUGUAGCAGCGAUCUAUCUCUGGACGGUACGGACGGUGGCUUCGACAUCGGCGAGAACGACGGCGGCGGCGCGGACGGCAGUCAUCAGGGUGCGUCGCAUUCCCACCACGGUUCAUCAUCCCACGACACCCCGUCGCUGUCGCAGAGCCUGCACGCGGCCAUCAACAAUCCUAUCGACAAACUAUUUAUGAUGCAGAGUAGUUACUUCAGCGGCGAUCAUGCGUAAUCCAAAUUUCCUCUCUUCCUUUCACUCCCUCUCCCUUUCUCUAUCUCUGCCUCUAUCUCCUUGAGAUUCGUCGCUCAUUUCUCGUUUAAUUUUCCCUGUUUCUGUGUCUCCCCUUAUCUGUUCUACGAAACAACUUGAUUUGUCAAUGAAGCUAACGUAGCAGUCUAUUCAUUUUCUUAUGUCGAAGUAAUCGCGAUCAGUUGUUUGAAUUCAAACUUCUUUUUUUUUUGUUCUACGCUGAUCGCUGCUAAUCCGUUUCCGACGUUGUAAAAACUUUUAUUUUUAUAAUUAAUUAUUAUCCUUCUAGAUGAUCCAAUUUACUUUUAAUAUUUGAAUUUGCAAUGUCGACGAUUCUCUAAAAGUAUUUGCUUUUCUCUCCGUUUCAGAUACAAAAUCUGUAUUUAUCCUCUGUGUGUAAUAAAUACAUAUUCAUAAAAAUGCUACGAAGAACAAA